AUGACCAUCGCUUCAGGUGGCUCCAUGGCCAUUACUUCAGGUGACAUCACAGGCAUCACUGCAGGCAGCACCGAGACAAUCACUGCAGGCAUCACCACGGCCAUCACUGCAGCGCUGGCGGCCUCGCUCUACCCCUUUGGCACAGAAGAAGGGGACCAAGAGUGCGUCCAGAGGACGGUGGAUUUUAACUCCCCGCUGUUCAAGCCGGAGAUCGGCUUCCCCUUCGGGAAGUCUCUGCGGAAUGCUCUCUACUUUACAGAUAAUGGACAGAUCAUUUUCCCACCCACGGACAACUACAUCCCCUCCAACCCCAACCCUCCUCCCCAGGGCUUCAGCGGCCAGGAGGCUUUGCCGAUGGUGGCCGCCUUUUGGGACGACGCAGAUUUCUCCCAGGGUGUCGGCACCACCUGGUACCAGGAGUACUCCACCCUCCACUCUACCCAAGACCCCCUUGUCCAUGACGUGGAAGCAAAGAUAGAGAAAUACCUGGAAACCCCCUAUGUAGCAAAAUGGACCUUGAAGGUGACGUGGGAGAAGGCUCCAGCUUACCCCUCCCAGGGGUGCCUUGGGUUUCUUCAGACGAACACCUACCAGGCUGUCCUCACCACCGACGGGAGCCGCUCCUUCGCCCUGCUCCUCUACCAGGACGGCGGGAUGCGGUGGGGCAACGUCCUCAUCGGCUUCUCCAGCGGCGAUGGCUAUGCCCAAAAUAACGAGCUGACUCAAAAGCCACCAGCUGUCAAGUACCGACCUGACCAGCACAGCGGCACCAGCACCGAUGGGGAGCUGGAGGCGUUUGACUGGUGCUGCCGGCGCGUGGAGAAGCCCCUGUUCUGCACCAGGUUUGCUGAGAAGAGACCCAGGGUCGGCUGCGAGGGAUACGUGCCACCCACCCCCGCCAGUGCCUUCGGGGACCCCCACCUCACCACCCUGGAUGGACUCACCUACACCUUCAACGGGCUGGGGGACUUUGUCCUGCUGCUGGCCAGCGAUGCCUGGACCAGCUUCGUGCUGCAUGGGCGCACAGCCCGGACCGGCACAGCCCAGGCCACCAACUUUGUGGCCUUUGCUGCCCAGUACAUCUCCGCCACCACCACAACAGUUGAGUGGGCCUUGGGGAGCCAGGGUGACAUCCAAGUCCUCCUGAACAAUGAAACCAUCCAGUUUUCCUAUUCCCAAGACAUGGAUGCUGAGGUGUACUACAGCCCUGGUGUCCUGCUGGUCAACGACUACUCUGUCACAGCCAUCUUCGAUGGGGCCAUCGCCAUCGCCAUCUCAGCUGCCUCUGGGAUCCUCAGCGUGGUCUGCAGCCUGCCCGAUCGGUACCACAAUGGCACCAAGGGCCUCCUGGGUGUAUGGGACCACGACCCCACAGAUGACUUCCAGAUGCCAAACGGUACCAGCAUCCCUGUGAACAGCAGUGAGGAGGAGAUCUACAGCUAUGGGAUGACCUGGGCUGUAGGAGAGCACAGCCUGUUUGCUCAGCCUUUGGACUCACGGCUAAUGAACUUCACACCCAUCUUCUUGUCUUGGCUGCGGCAGGAGAACGAAAGCCAGUACCAGCUGGCAGCCUCGCAGUGCCGCGGCAGCAAGGAGUGCAUCUUCGAUUCUCUGAGCACAGGGGACAUGGCCCUGGGCCUGGCCACCCAGAGCCUCGCAGCUGACUUCCAGCAGAAGAAGGCAGUGCUCAAUGCCUUCCCUCCUGUCAUCACCGGUGAUGCAUCACUCACGGCUUUCAGGACAGAGAGGGUCAGGAGGCAGUACCGUGCCGUGGGGGUGGGCGCACGCUUCGUCCCCCACCUCUCACCAGAGCUCAACAUAACAGAAAGCGGCACCCUGACCUGCAGCAGCAGCCAGGAGUGUGACUACAGUGACACCGUCACCCUCGGGGGCUCCUCUCUGCAGCUGGCAGCCUGCAGAUGCGAGGGCGGCUACUCGGGUCCCUUCUGCCAGGACCCCCCGGACCCCUGCACCCAGGGAUGCUUCCCUGGCGUGGGCUGCGACUCACAUGCCGGCUGCGGCCCCUGCCCAGCUGGCCUGACCGGUGACGGGCGGCACUGCGCAGAUAUCGACGAGUGCACGCAGGGGAUGGUGUGCCCGGGGAACGCCACCUGCACCAACACGGUGGGCAGCUACACCUGCUCCUGCCCGACCGGUGAGGAAGUUCUGGGAUGCCAGAGCCACUUCUGCGGCUUCCCCCCAGCAGAUCUCCCCCAGAGAAGCGUCCAGCUGCGGGUCAGGACACUGCAAAAUGCCACCGUCAGGGAGGUCAAUGUCACCGUCUCAGCCAUCCUGGGCUCCCUGGAGGUAAAGGCUUUCCAGAGGAACACCAACAUCACCCAGACGACAGACAGCGAUGGCUUCACCUUCACACUGGUGUCCGAGUUCGCCUAUGACAGCCACAGCGCUGUCAUCCGGUUCCUGAACGAGGAGCUGCUGGGGGCCAUCACCAGCGCCUUCAACAGGCGGCGGGGACGGCGGGAGGCAGGCACAACCCUCGUCUUCCAGCGCCUGCACCAGGACAACAUCACCGACCUGGUGAAGCUGACGGUGGCUGAGCUGAGGCAGUAUUUCCCCUGCGGUCUGUACAGCUACAAAGGCUACCGGCUCCACUACGUGGGGACCGUUGGCUUCGUCUGCAUCUCCCCUUGCAAGAUGGGCUACUGCCAGCACGGUGGCUGGUGCCAGCACCUGCCUGAGGGACCCAAGUGCAGCUGCAUCCCCUUCUCCAUCUUCUCCCCCGCCGGCACCCGGGCCAAGGAGACCUUCUGGAGGCCACGGUCCUUCUCCUGUGAGUACAUCUCUGCUACCCCUCUCCCACCCCAGCUCUGCUUCACCCUGGGCUUCUCUGAGCUCUGCUCACCUUCCCUGGUCCAGCUCUGA